GUGAUGCAGAAGUUGGCUAUUGUUCUAGCGUGAUAUCCGCUCGUCUCUGUGGGCGAUGUAUUAGACGUCUCGCUUUGGAAGUCUUAUGUCCAAGUAUAGCUGCAAGAAUGUUGUAGCUGGGGAUUCCUGCCAUGGGGCAUUUCGGAGUCUUGUGGUUCUUUCUGCUUCUUCAAAGAGGCACUGGUGAUCUGUGCGACAUCUGUCGCCGCAAUCGAGACAACGCGAUACGGAUGCCAUACAAUCAGCGGUGGUUCUUCGACCUCUCCGUCUAUCUGUGUCAGCCAUUCAAUUUCUGCGACGAUGAAAUCACGGAACAGCUCAAGGGCCAAAAGUCCAAGCAAGAAAUCAGAUGCGACGGCAUGGACUGCUUCGAAUGGCUCUACAAAUCUCUUCAGAGGCGCGAAGCGGAAGAGAGCAACCUGCCCAAGGUUCUUCUCAAGCACCGCACUCACAAGGAAGCGAUCACCAAGGUGUCUGUCACAACUGCACCACCAAUGACGUCCACCGUGAAAGCAACGAUGCCGAGCCACAUCGAGGCAGCAUCGACAGAGACAGAACUACUUGGGAUGCUGGACAUGGCCUUCGACGAUUCCCUCCUGCCCAACAAACCAGAGGUUGUUCAUGUUGUUCUUGAAAAGAACACGAGCCACAACAAGCCCCCCUUCUGUGCCCUCAACCCGGACCGUGGACGACGGUGGCCGUGUUCGCAACGCUGGUAUUACAAUGCUGUAUUCGACGACUGCAGAACAUUCACUUUCUGCGGACAGAAGGGAAACAAGAACAACUUCGUGAGCAAUGCAACCUGCUACGAGCAAUGUCAUGAUCCUCAAUGAAGUCGUCUGCUGUGUAUUCCUGUCAUCACAUCGCUCGUAGACAAUAAAUUACAUCGUGAACCCACGUACGUAACGGUGGGAACAUACGCUAGUGGCACACUGAUAUCAUGAGUGCAUGUGAGAUGCACGAUGCAAGCACGAUUGCAAGUUGGUCACCUUAUACCCAGGGAUGGCGUAACGUCCUGAAUUCACGGGGGACCCCAGAUCCCAACCGGCGGCCCCUUCCAUUUCCCACCGCUACCACCAAUUUAUGCCCCCCGGGUCCCAAAAAAUCGAGGCAGUCUGUAUGACAAAAAGUGGCAAAUGCCUUGGGGUUUUCGUCUUGUAUGGAUUGAAUGUAUAUUGUUUCAGUAUACAGAAUAAUAAUACAGUAUACAUAAUAAAUAACACUUUCAGUUCA